AGUCACUUGAUUUUUGGAUUUUAGUUUUGAUCUAAAGUUACUUAAAAAGUAGCAUCUAUAAUCUUCAAGAUGUUCGAUUUUCAGUAUUUCUGGGUCUUAUUAUGGCUUGUUUGUCGAGAAAUUCUAAUGUGUGGUUUUGGAUAUAGGUUUAGUUGAGGCAAAAGUACCAUGUAACCAUUUAGUUGAAUGUUUUACAUGUGGAGUAGUGUAUAAUCUAUCACAUGUUUUACACACUGCUGGGAGGUACUCAGUUAAGCGUUUUAGAAAGGCUCAGUGCCCCAUUGUUGAGAGGCUUACAAACUCAUUGAUGAAGCAUGGCCGAAACAAUGGAAAGAAACUUAUGGCAGUCAGGAUUGUGAAGCAUGCUAUGGAAAUUAUUUAUCUCCUGACUGAUCAGAACCCAAUUCAAGUCAUUGUUGAUGCCAUUAUCAACAGUGGACCUCGUGAAGAUGCUACUCGUAUUGGUUCUGCUGGUGUUGUGAGGCGUCAGGCUGUUGAUAUUUCUCCUCUUCGUCGAGUGAAUCAGGCCAUCUAUCUCCUCACCACUGGUAAUCGUGAGUCUGCAUUCAGAAACAUUAAAACUAUCGCUGAAUGUUUGGCUGAUGAGCUUAUUAACGCAGCAAAUAGAUCAUCUAACAGCUAUGCCAUCAAGAAGAAGGACGAAAUCGAGAGAGUUGCCAAGGCCAAUCGUUGAGGAAUUGGUAGGACUUUGCAUAAACCAUGGCAGUGGACACUUCUGUUUUUUAUUCAGUACUUUAUAAGUUACCUAUUUUGUGUUCCGAACAUAAUAUGAAUGUUCCGUUAUUUAAGUUGAGAUGUUAUUUAAAUUGAAGAAAGCAUAUCCUGUUUUGGUUA